GACAGGCGCGGGUCGCGCGGAGCAAAAGGAGCACCCAGAGGCGAGCGCGCCCGGCAAGCCGAGGCGUGCCCUUUCCGAGGCGGCGAGCAGGGGCGGUCACAGUCCCCGCCGGGUCCCGGGCCCCGCGGCCCAUGCGGGGGGCGGAGCCAGGGCGGAGGGCGGCGGCGCGGCCGGCCCUGCGCGGUGAUUGGCGGGCGGCCGGCGGUGGCUGAGGUCCUGGCGGCCGCGCGGGCAACGCAGGAGAGUCGCGGCUGGCGAGCUGAGAGGAUGCUGCUGUCCCUGGUGCUCCACACGUACUCUAUGCGCUACCUGCUCCCGAGCGUCCUGUUGCUGGGCUCGGCGCCCACCUACAUGCUGGCCUGGACGCUGUGGCGGGUGCUGUCCGCGCUGCUGCCCGCCCGUCUGUACCAGCGCGUGGACGACCGGCUUUACUGCGUCUACCAGAACAUGGUGCUCUUCUUCUUCGAGAACUACACCGGGGUCCAGAUAUUGCUAUAUGGAGAUUUGCCAAAAAAUAAGGAAAAUGUAAUAUAUUUAGCAAAUCAUCAAAGCACAGUUGACUGGAUUGUUGCAGACAUGCUGGCUGCCCGACAGGAUGCUCUUGGACAUGUGCGCUAUGUCCUGAAAGACGGGUUAAAGUGGCUUCCAUUGUAUGGGUUCUACUUUGCUCAGCACGGAGGAAUUUAUGUAAAACGAAGUGCCAAAUUUAAUGAUAAAGAAAUGAGAAGCAAGCUUCAGAGCUACGUGAACGCAGGAACACCAAUGUAUCUUGUGAUUUUCCCAGAGGGAACAAGGUAUAAUGCAACAUAUACAAAACUCCUCUCAGCCAGCCAGGCAUUUGCUGCUCAGCGGGGCCUUGCAGUAUUAAAACACGUGCUGACACCAAGAAUAAAGGCAACUCAUGUUGCUUUUGAUUCUAUGAAGAGUCAUUUAGAUGCAAUUUAUGAUGUCACAGUGGUUUACGAAGGGAAUGAGAAAAAUUCAGGAAAAUAUUCAAAUCCACCAUCCAUGACUGAGUUUCUCUGCAAACAGUGCCCAAGACUUCAUAUUCACUUUGACCGCAUAGACAGAAAAGAAGUUCCAGAGGAACAAGAACACAUGAAAAAGUGGCUUCAUGAGCGCUUUGAGAUAAAAGAUAAGUUGCUCGUAGAAUUCUAUGAUUCACCAGAUCCAGAAAGAAGGAACAAAUUUCCCGGGAAACGCGUUCACUCCAGACUGAGUGUCAACAAGACUUUACCGUCAGUGUUGAUCCUGGGGAGCUUGACUGCGGCCAUGCUCAUGACGGAGUCUGGAAGGAAACUGUACAUGGGCACCUGGUUGUAUGGAACCCUCCUUGGCUGCCUGUGGUUUGUCAUUAAAGCCUAAGCACGUGGAGGCUGCAGUCACCGUCUCUUACCGAUGGCCGCACAUUGCAUCACACUGUUUCCUGAGUUAGAUACGGAUGACUGAACACUGGAUGAAGUGGCUGACCACAGCCGACAUGCAUCUGACGGGGCAGCACAUGGCUUUUCAGCUGCCGGGCUUGCUGGACACAUGGGAGCCGAGUGGAGCUUAUGCUGGGGCUCUUCUUUUUUUUUUUUUUUUUUUUGGUAUGUUUUCAUGAAUCAGUGUCUACGUGUAAAGAUGAUCGGAUGCUGCCUGUGAUUUUGAUGGCUGUAUUUUAACAUUAGUUUGCAGUGUGUUUCGCUAUAUUGGUUAUCUUCCAUUUGACUACUUGGCAGCUCAGACUCUUAAUACUAAAGUAUUUUAUAUUUUCAAGCUAUGUGAUACUGGGUUUUUUGUUAAUAUCUGAAAGUCAAUGAAAGACACUGUAACAAUGCGCUAAGAUGUUCCAAGAAAAAGGUGAGACGUAUUCAUAGCGGAAAAGAUCUGUCUAGUGUAUAUUUUUAUUAUAUUGCUCUAUUUAGCUAAUUUUCUUUAUAUUUGCAAAAUAAUGAACACUUCUAAUAUUUAUUAAAAUGUUUAAUUUGCAUACCCCCUAUUCUGCAGAGGAUAACGUGUCAAGUGUCAGAAUAGACUGGCAGCUCAGCUCUGUCUCCUUUGGCAGAGCAUUUAGUAGCCCAGCCUCCGAGCGAUUCUGUUAGUGCCUCCCAGUACCUGUGCCAUUAAGUACUUAUAAAUGUAAGGGGCUGUUACCUUCAUGUCAGAUGGACGCCCACGGAGCUGUAAGGUGAGAGAAGCCUGCCAGCAUCCUGUCUGUCCUAGCACGUGCCUUCUGCCCGGCUCCCUUUGCUUUUGGCACUGCGUUUGGUCUGGAGUGUGGACGCCCAUGGUUGUUCGCUGUCUGUUCCAGCCCUGACUCUCAGGCUUGGGGUCCUCCAGUGGUGCUGUUCAUUGUUGGGAUGCGGGCAGUGCUGCUGGGCCGGGGGUGAGCCUCCUUGGCUACUGCAGAAGUAUUGUACAUUUGUUUAUGGCAAGAACCAUCAGGAUUGGAUAAAUUUGUUAUUUCUCUUUGAUUUCCAUGGAGCCACACUAUUGGUCCAUGUCCCCUGUGAACAGAGCUACCUUCCAGGACCAAAUCACACUCUAAAGUGUGAUUUGCAAUAUUUCUAUGUUGUAAUUUAAGCGUAAUUGCCUACUAGUCAUUGAAGGUAACAUUUCUGCAAACUUCAUACAGAUUUUUGUCACAAAAUUACUAUACCAAUGAUCUAGUUAAAAUAGACCAAUUGAAUCAUAAUAAAUAAUUUUUUUUUAAAUUGAGGGAAAAUUUGCCUCUUGUUUUUUUAAAACCAGAGAAUGAGCUAUUUCAAACAUCUGCGAAAGAGUCAUGUGCUGUCACUUGUUUUCUAUGUGUUAGUAUGUAUAUUCAUGUAUAGAUAUGUAUAUUCACAUGUGAAUACGUGAAUAUAGCAGCCUAAAAACAGACAAGCUUGUGCAUCAUGUUACUAUGCUGAUGGUAAUGGUUUUUACCUGCAAGGGGAGGUUGAGAGUGGUUUCAUGUCUUUGUUAAAUACAUUUUUUCAGCAGUUCUAUUAGAGCUUACUUUGACCAGAUCAAACUAAGUGCAAGUUCUGAGACUUUGAAUAUGGCUGAGGUCUAGAGGGACAGUUCAGCAGUUAAGAGCACAUGCCACUGUUGCAAGGGCUUCAGUUCCCAGCACCCACAUGGAGGCUCACAGAAGACGAUAAUUCUAGCUCCAUGGAGUUGGACACAUCCUCUAGCCUCCGUGGGAAUCUUACACUCUUACACACACACACACUUUCUCUCUCUCUCUCUCUCUCUCUCUCUCUCUCUCUCUCUCACACACACACACACACACACACACACAAUCUUUAAAUAUCAUGGAUGUGCUGUAUAUUACACUUUAAGAGACAGAACCAUUGGAAUUACAUGGACUGUAGCCGAUUCUUUUCUAACAGGGCACAGUGGUCUGCAUAUGAUCUCUUGAAUAUUAGCACUGUGCUUACUCUCUUCACAAGUAGCCUAUCAAAUGUGGUAGCUGGAAAUACAUUGUAUCAGAAUCUUUGAAAAAUUAGGAGCGUAUCCUAAACAUGUUAAUUUUGACUUGACAUUACUAUUUUCUGAAAUUAACUGUCUGUGAUUCCUUCCACAUAGUUUAUGAUUUUAUUUGUGUUCAUCUUGAGUUACAGCUUAGGGACUGCAGUCGUUUUCAUUUGUCAGACUGCCGCCAUCAGUGUGCAUGCUUUUAUGCUCUUCAGAAAGGGCACUGGGAUGAAAGUGAGAAAACAAUAAAGUCCUUCUCUCUCAUGUCUGUGUUCUCUAACAUUUCACAACUCAGACUCACCCGCUUUCCAGAUCAAAAGGUUAGUGAUUAGCCCCGGAAAGCUACAAUAUUUUUUAAAUAUUGAGCAAAGUUUAAAAAAAUACAUUGGAAUACCCCAAAUUGUGAAGCGAUGCAGUAGUCAGAUUAUCUAAGCUAAUUUGCCUACUUUUGGGAUGUGACACCUGCCCUCCCAAGGCUUUCCCCAACCCUGGAACCUUUCAGGUUCACUUACCAAGGCUGGACGUGAAAGUGCCAGCCUGGCCAGUUCUUAGAUGCUUCGUGGCUUCCAUAUUUCAUUUCUACUUUUUUCACUUAGAUCAGUGUCAGAUUUUCUUUAAAACUUAUAUCUAUUUUUUUCUUUGUCAUAUUAUAUGCUUUAUCAAUCAAAUGACCUAACUAGGUUAGCUAUUAAAUCUAUAUAUUGAAAUCUGCCAAAAUGUGGGCAUAAAUAAACUGGCUCCUAAUUGUGUACCAGAUCUACAUUUGAAAGGACAGAAAUGUCUCACAAGAUGGUAAGGUCAAAUGUAAAACACUAAACUUUAACCUCAUCAAUUGCUUUUGAAGUGUUGACAUUAAAGACUGAGUGGUUGUGGAAUGUUAACAUAUCCAUGGGCAGGCUAGUGUCUCCUUUUCUUUUUGUCUUAAGACUAAACAUUGGCUGACUUAAAAUAUUACCAGUUCUAUUCCGUUUGCAUUAUAGACAAAAUACGUAACAUUUAAGCAUUGGUGUGAAAAUCAGUACUUUCAUGAAACUAUUAUUUGGAAUAUCCAGAUGCUUUAAUAUUAUGUAGGUAAGGUAUUUGUGUGAUUGACUGAAUUUAAAAUCUUUUAUUCAUACAUCAUGGAUAAUAGCUGGGAGUUGGCGACACAUGACUGCAAUCCAGGCACUCAGAAAACUCAGGAGGAGAGCUCUACAUUCCAAGUCAGCCUGGUCUACGUUCAAGUUUCAGACUAUCCAGGACUCUGUACCAAGACUUCACCCUGCCCACACAACAAAAGAGGUUAAAUAGAGAAUCACUUGGAAUUCAGUUGCAACAUUUUUUGUUACGAUUUCAUUUAAUGGGCUGGAGAGAUGGGUCAGCAGCUAGGAUCAGAGUUUGCUCUUUCAGAGGAUGGAUUUCAUUUCCAGUACCUGUGGGGCAGCAGUAACUGAAGUAACUGUAACUUCAGUUCCAGGGUAUCCAACACCUUCACACAGACACACGCAGGCAAAAGACCAACAUGCAUAAAAUUUAAAUAAAUAAUUAAAAUUAUUUUUAAGUUUUUACUUGACAUAUUUUUAGUUUGUGUAUGCUGAGGUAGAUCUGUUGCUCUUGACAAACUGAGUAAUACAUGGAGUUUAUAAGAGGUCAGAGAUCUCAGUUUCAGAUAAUGUAUUUUGGUUGCUACCCAAACAGAGAAGUUCCUUGGAAGAACCACAUCGCAUAGAAAACUGAUAUCAGCUCAGAUACCCAGUACGUGAUCAGACAGGCCAGUGUUUUACCUGGACUAGUGUUUUGUCGUAUCUGAAUAAAUAAAUAACAGACAUUCUACAAUUUUAUAAGUCCUCAUAUGGAAAAUAAAAUAGGGAAGCCAUUGACAUAAUCUGUUACCCGAAGUGAUCAAGAAAUUAAAUUCCAAAGUAACCAAGAAGUGCUUGGUUACUGCUAUUUCCUAUGUAGCUUCAGAAUAAAUUCCGAUAGUGUUACUGGGUUCACCGGUGCUUUAUAAUCCGGAACAGAGGGAAAAUACGAACCUCAAUUUUUUUUUUUUAUGAGAAUCUGGUGACAAAAAGUUGCAUUGUUUUAUUAAGUGUUUUAUGUGUAUGUGUCUGGUUUGUUGCCAGAAGCUACAUUAUUUCAGAUGUGUGUUUUGUUUGAGACUUGCCGAGUGCUCACUGUUUACCAGCCUGGUUCGCCAUCCAACCUUGGACAACUUUAAAUAAAGUGUGCCCCGGGUUUAUCACCUGCUACAAUGUAAGCCACAGUACAGGCGAACUAAUUCAGGUAAAGCAGCAGAUGCAGAGCAUAGAAAGAAUGUAGCCAGUGCUGACUCAGGUUCUGUCUUCAUAGAUGAUGUUCAGGUCAGAUGAGGGUUUGGAUACAUACAGUCUAGUGAUGGGAUGCCAUCCAGCCCUUUCCUGUUUGACAAGGAGACAAUGGGGUAUGGACGUGGAUAGUCCUGGUUAUGGUUCCGAUUGUAGGUUUUGCUUAAAAUUCAGAUCAAGUGCUGUGGAGAGAUAUGUCUAGAGAAAGAACAUCUCCAUUAUAUGUCUCAUGGCCUCUCAACUGCUGCAUAGAAGCUGGAUUUUCAGGGCUGGGGGCAGGGUCUGAGUACUCUGUGGGAAUGUCUGAGGGGUUCCUCCACACUGUGGUAAACUUUAGACUAAGUACUCUGUGCUGAUGUAACCUUCAGGAGGAUUCAUGUCAGAGCUUCCCUUUACUUCUGUAGUCAAGAGUGUAUUGAAGGAGGAAUGUACUGUGGGAAGGUCGGUGUGGUGACUCCAUGGAGUGUGGGGUCCUAUAUGUAAGGUUGCACUCGGUUCAGCUCUACUUGUCAAAAAUAAUUUGUUCAUUGUUUUCUGAUAUAUACUAGAGUUCAGAAUUGUCAGAAAUGUUCAUUAUUAAACAUUUUUCCUUGUUAACGUAAAA